AUGGUGGCACACGAGCAGCAUCCAGAUGUGAACCACCGUUCUGAUAUCUGUAGAGCUUUUCUGGAGUUUCACGCGGCCAUGCUCAUUAUAUCAUCAAAUACAUCACAAGUUGGCUGCCUGCACUCAGCAGAGUGUUCUGCAUUCUUGUUUAUACAUGAACAGGAUCCAGCAGUUCGUGCAGGGGCAUCUAGACAACAAAAUUAUGGAGGAGGUGCAUUUUACACAACAGAUCCAGGAAGUGCACCUACUGCUAUGAAUAGGCUUUCACCUCUUCCCCCUGAGCCUGUUGAUUUUGGAAGUGCCACAGUUGAUAUUCCUCUCGAUUCAGGCAAGGACUUGAAGAAGAAAGAGAGGGAACUGCAAGCUAAAGAGGCAGAACUGAAGAGACGAGCGCAGGAGCUAAAACGAAGGGAGGAUGCAGCUGCACGAGCUGGAAUAGUGAUUGAGGAGAGAAAUUGGCUGCCCUUUUUCCCUCUUAUUCACCAUGAUAUCGCAAAUGAAAUACCAAUACAUCUACAGAGGCUGCAGUAUUUUGCAUUUGCAUCAUUUUUAGAUUUUCUGUUGACCAGCGGUAUCCUACCAGCCAUUGAUUUGAUGAGCCCGCACGUCAUAAUUGGGAUUCUGUACUUCGUUGGUUUUGCGUUAUUCUGCUUAGAAUCCCUCCUCAGCAUCUGGGUGAUUCAGCAAGUGUAUAUGUACUUCAGAGGCAGCGGGAAAGCCGCUGAGAUGAAGCGUGAAGCUGCACUGUAGAGAUUGAUGGACAGGAACAGCUUCUUUCAUAUGAUGACGUAUUCUUGAGAGCUGUUUGAGGUUCUCUGCUUCCCAUGAUAGGGUUGUGUAUCAUUUUCUUUCGUUUCUUUUCUUUUUCUUCUGUGCAGAGAAAUAAGACUAAACAAACAGAACACUGUAGUUACCAAAUUCUAUAAUUUGU